CAACCAGUUCAACUACACUGAAACCAACAACACUUCAGUCAACAGUACAAACAACACAACUCACAACUGAGAAGACGUCAGCUGAACCCACAACGGAGCGUACAACGAAACAAACAUCGGAACACACUACGUUUCAACCAUCUACAAAAUCCACAACAGUUCAAACAACAAUGCGUACUGUCCUUCCAACAACACAGAGGACUACUGCAGAAACGACUGCAAAAUCAACUCUGCAAACUACGCAGCAAACAACCAUUUCAACUUCAGUGGAACCUACAACACGUAAAUCAACGAUAGAAACAACGCCGCUAACAACACAAAAGACGACGGUUGCAAAGACCUCGGAACAUACAACGCAACAAACGACGGGACAAACAACAAUUCAAACAUCGGAACGCUCCACGGAACAUACAACGCAACAAACGACGGGGCAAACAACAAUGCAAACAACGGAAUUCUCCACACUUGAACCAACCACAUUAUCCACAACAGCUAAAACAACAGUACUCCCAACCACUGUUGUUGCAACGACAGAGAUAACUACUGCAGGAACGACUGCAAAAUCAACCAUGAAGACUACACAGAAAACGACCAGUUCAACUACACUGAAGCCAACAACACUUCAGUCAACAGUACAAACAACACAACUCACAACAGAGAAGACGUCAGCUGAACCCACAACUGAGCGCACAACAAAACAAACAUCGGAACACACCACGUUUCAGCCAUCUACAAAAUCCACAACUAUUCAAACAACGUUACAACCAACCACUAUAAUUCCAACCACAGAGAGAACAACACAAAAGACGACGGUUGCAAAGACCUCGGAACAUACAACGCAACAAACGACGGAGCAAACAACAAUGCAAACAACGGAAUUCUCCACGCUUGAACCAACCACAUUAUCCACAACAGCGAAAACAACAGUGCUUCCAACCACUGUUGUUGCGACGACAGAGAGUUCUACGGCAGAAUCAACUGCAAAAUCAACCGUGCAGACUACACAGAAAACGACCAGUUCGACCACACUGAAGCCAACAACACUUCAGUCAACAGUACAAACAACACAACUCACAACGGAGAAGACGUCAGCUGAACCCACAACGGAGCGCACAACAAAACAAACAUCGGAACACACCACGUUUCAACCAUCUACAAAAUACCACAACAGUUCAAACAACAUUGCGUACUGUCAUUCCAACAACACAGAGGACAACCGCAGAAACGACUGCAAAAUCAACUCUGCAAACUACGCAGCAAACAACCAUGUCAACUUCAUUGGAACCAACGACACGUAAAUCAACGAUAGAAACAACGCCGAUAACAACA